AUGGCCUCUCUCGAUGAUGAAACCCACCGCAAGCACGAGAAGUCAGUCGAGGAGCCGCCGCGACCUCCAGUGCUCACCGCAAAGCCUGCCGUCUACUCUGGGUGCUGCCUCGGACUCAGCGCGCCCCUCAUCACCCACUUCCACACGCUCCUCCCCCCGUCGCCUAGUCUGGUUCUCUCCGUCGGCAGCGGCUUCGGCCUUCUCGAAGCGCACCUCAACGCUGGCCCAUCCCCGUUGAACAUCGUUGGUGUCGAAGUCGAGCCGAGCCCGAACGUAUACCUUCCCGUGUCAAGUCAUCGCAUUGUACACGGGUCGCGCUUUCUCGAACCACUCGCUGGUGAAGCUACGGCAUGGCUCUUCGUAUACCCAAGACGCGUAGGCUUGGUGCAGGAAUACCUAGCAGAGUAUAGCGAAGGCAGCGUGGAGAAGAUCAUCUGGGCGGGCCCCAAAGCAGACUGGGAUGACUACGUCGGCUGCUUCUCUGGCUGGGACGUGAUAAUACAAAGCACGGACGAGGUUGGAGGAAGGCCGUGGGAGCUGAUCGCUGUAGCCAGCAAGUGA